AGAAAGUGCCAACCUCUAUAAGACUCCAUGACCACCUUUGCCCCCACACUACUUUGAAAUAUUCUCUCACGACACAACCUGCCCUCGGGACACUACUGACUACUGUUCAGAGACAUGUCUUUCCUCAAAGGCAUUUUGGGCAACUCAGCUGACAAAUAUGUCGACCAGGCAGUGGAUACGGCAGCUAAAGCUGCCAAAGUCAAGGUGAAGACUAUGUUAGACUCAAAGAAGGAGCCCAGCGGGGGAAGCAGUGGUAAAGAGAAGGUGAAGCCCACGGUUGGAGGAGAUGAUUCAAAGAAGAAGGAGUCCAGCAAGGAUAUCAGUGGAGGUAUCGGCGGUAUUGGAGGAUUAAUGGAUGGCAACAAGGGCAAAGAGGAAGGAGGCUUUGGAAGUUUCUUAUCUGGCAAGGAUGAGAAAGAGUCAAGUAGCGGAGGAGGUGACCAAGACCUGAACGACCUACUGGGAGACAUUGCAGGAGAGAUAUCUGGCGAGAAAGAUGGCAACUAGAAGGACAACAGCAACGCAGACCAAGUGCGAUCAUUUGGGAAGUCUCUUUGGCUGAGUCAAACUGAAGCCAUUUCUUUUUUUCAAUGUAAUCUUAAUGGUCUUAUCCCUCUCUUGCCUGUGUGUAUUUUCCUCACUAGCAAUCUCAAUGAUGUCCCUGCUCCCCAGGGGCAUUUCUCUGAUAUACACAUUGUCUAUGUAUGUCUCAGAUCUGAAUUGGACAUAAGAGGAACUGGAGCUAGGGAUGAGCCUAUUCUGGUAACAGAUCAAUCAAACUGACAUGCCUCUGGAUAUAGCCUAUGAAUAAUAUUAUGUAAAAGUAAAUAAAAAUGUUUAUCCCAAAAAUCUGUUGAAUGCUCCGUUGAGCAAGGAUCAAACCCUUUUCAAAAAAUGUUGGACUAAAAUGACAUAGCAAAAUCCAACUCAGGACCUGAUGAUCAAUCUGGCAUACCUAUGGUUAUUGCCUAUGAAGAAUAAUCCAAUACUGUCAUAAUGCAUUGUGUAAUGUUAAUGUUUUGUAUUAUAUUUGAAAAGUAAACAAAAAGUUUUUAUUUUAUUUGUAUGGGAACACCCAUCCCGUAGAGGUUGUAGUGUUGGAUGAAAUAGGUACAGUGGGGAUUAUGCAGCCAAUAACUAGCUGUUGAUAUACAAAAUAAACAGGAUUUGCUUCCA